GUCACAAGGCUGCGCUGCUCCUUCAUUGCCAUACACUCUCUUCGCACUCGUAAGCAUCCUUGACGAAAGUCGUAGAUCCACCCGAGCAAGACUGCACCAUCACCUUCUUCCACCUCCCACAUCGCAAUAAGUUCAUCCACAGUCAUGGCCCCUUCUCGUCCUCCCAAGCUGGACCUCGCUUCCGUCCUCUCCUCUCCUCCCUCGUCCAAUCACCCCACCUCCUCGGUGCAGCAACAGCAUCCCUCCUCUCUAAGCUUCCUCACCUCUGGCUCAGCCUCUAGGAGCACACUCGACUCCCUCUGCCUCUCCUGGCGUGAGCGAGGCUUCUGCGGAAAUGAAAGCAUCAAGCUCAGGGGUCUCGUAUACGAGCUGGCCUCCUCUGGAGAGGAACCAGCCGGUACCUCCAACGCCCUUGAGGUGGGCAAAGACGCAAGGCAGAACCUCCCCAUCGGUGUCGUCAACCCUCUCGCUGCUGGUCUACGGGCAAAGAGCGGAGAGCCACCUGCCCUGCCCGAGCCUGGAUCAACCUCUGUACCUGCGCACCUCUCCCUCAACUUUUCCCUGCCUACCAUCCGCUCAGAGGCAGACCUGAGCGAAGUGAACAAGUGGGUCGAGAUUAUCAAGGCUGCGCGGGAGAGGCAGAAUACCCUUGAGAUGGCACUGGUGACUAGCGAUGGUAGUCGGGAGCAGGAGGGUGAGGCGGAGCGGGUGAGGGAGAAGGUCGAGGAGAUUUUAGGCAAGGCUCACAGUGAUUCGGCUGCUGCUAGGCAGGAGAAAGAAGGAAGUGAUGAGUCAGGAGGGUACAUCGUCUUUGACUCCUUUGCCUCGCCGCCGUUGCACAUCAACUCCACCAGCCUACCACGGAGUCAGGAGCUACAAGACUGGGCUGCCUUCGUCGGCCGCCUUGCCCUCCACCCACAGACCUACAUCAAGCUCUCCCCCCUCGUCUUUCCCUCCUCCCUCUCUAAUCCCCUAACCACACCUCCCUCCACCCGCGCAGCCGACCAUUCCUCCUCCCUCGUACAAAGUGCCGCCGAAGUCCUCAGUUCCGCCUCUGCGAGCGCACAGGGUGAUCUCCUCCUCCCAGCUCGAGAGAAGAGUGAAGAAGUUCAAAGUCGAGUGAGAAUCUUCCUAGAGGUCCUCAUUGAGGCCUUUGGAACCGAGAGAGUCUUUUGGGCUUGUCAUUUGAAUGCUCUUGGCCCUUCUUUGGCUACGGCUUCAACGGAUGGAACCAAAGAGGCAGAGGAGGCUGUCAAGGAGUGGUAUGAGACUGUACGUUCUGGACUUUAUGCAAUGGGACUGGGCAGGAGGGGAGAACUGGAUGGUAUUUUCGCAGAGUAAGUGGAGCAUAGUCGGACUGAGACGAGAUGGGGCAGAAGCUGACAAUCGCACUUUGACUAAUCCUCCCUCUCCUCGUCGCACAGAAAC